GCGCGCGGGGAUAUUAUAUGAUCCCACAGCCAGUAGCUAGGGCGGGGCGUUAGGUUGUCACAGACUGGAUUCUGAGAAAGGCGCCCGCCAGACGUCAGGCGCGGGGCCAUGGAUGGUGUUGCAGCCAUGUCAAACAGGGCUCUGAUGGGUUGGGCGCCAGAGAGGGUCACCGGCCCUCAACUCACUGUUUGCUCCUCAGCCUGUCAGUGCGAUCGCAUGCAGCAGUUGGCAUGGCAUAGCUGCAGGAGAAGGUAGGGAGGGGGACCCAACUCGAUCCCCUAAGAGGUUUGUGGCCUCCCUAUAAAUUCUGCGCCGUGGCACUGAAUCCUUCAACUGGGCAAAAACAUGGACGUUGGCAGGAGCUUUGUCGUCAAUCCACACCACAUGAGGCACCAGCCACCACCUGGCCCAAGCGCCACAAACCCAUUAGCUGACCCAAUUGCGACUAGAACGCAGCCAGUCAAAGGGCUCCCUCCGUUUACCCAGGAAAAACCCGAGCCAAAUCUCGCCAGCGCAGGAAAUUCGGCGACCUUGACCCAACCCGACCUACCUUGCCAGUCAGCCUUGAGGUCUGGUCUGGUCUUCGUUCGCACGGGCGAGCGUCGGCGCUGCUAUCCCCCACACCCCUUCUCGCCGCUCCUUCCAGCCCUUUUGCUUGCUGCACAACGACUCUGUCCCUCCCUUCUCCGUCGGCUCGAGAGCAUUCGCUGUCUGCCUCAAGCGAUUCCCCGGCAAACAAGGCGCCCGACAGACUACGCUGCGCCCACGCGCUGGACUCCUGCUGCGAGCGCUCAUUUCCAGAGCACCAGUCGAGGCGCCCCAGCACGGCGCAGUCCGACCCACGCCCCUCCCGCGCUCCCUGAACCACGGCCCUGCGCGCCGAUAGUCGGCCCGGGACGAGUUGCAGUGGUCGCUCCGCAUCGGCGAGCCACCACUGCGUCCCGACGGACCCCAGGCCGGCAGGAUGAGUAACCGUCAUCUGCCGGCUGGGCAGGCCAUGGAUGGCGGCGGAGGUGCUGGCGUCGGCAUGAGCCCUGGCCACGGCGGCGGCGGGCCUGGGCCGCGCCGGGGUGGCCGCCCGCCGUCAUACCAGUCGCACUACGGCGGCCAUCACCACCAGCAUCCCCAGCAGCACCCGCAACAGCAGCAGCUCAACCACCAGGUCUACGCCAACCAGAUGGGGUACUACUCGGGCUACGUCUACCCCCAUGCCGCUCCGAUCCCCCCUCCCUACCAGAAUGGCGCCCAGUACCCGGCCGCCAGCAUGCCCUCCCAGGCCUACAUGCCCUACCCGCACUACCACGCCAGGUCUCCGCCCACCAUGCAUCAGUACGCCCACAUGAUGGGCGCCGGCGUCAUGCAGCCCCAGCCUCAGCCCCAGCCGCAGGUCUAUGCCAGGAACCAGCAGCAGUCUCCCAUCGUCGUCUCCAGCCCUUACCAGACGCCUCCGCCCAGCACCCGUGCUGCGUCGCACAGCCACGCUCCUGUCGUGCCGCCGCAGCCCGCGCCCCGUGCCCCUCACCAGACUCCUGCCCAGGCACCUGCACCACAGGUUCCCGGGCAGGCUUCUCCGCAGCAGCAAACGCCGUCGCAUCCGCAAGUUGUUUCGUCGAUAAAGCCCGCCGUUGUCGGUGCUGCUCCGCCUGUCGUGGAGACGCCGAACACGCCCUCCUCAACGGAAUCUGCCCAGGCGCAGGCUCCCGCGCCUCCCACACCCCCAACCCCUCAGACCGUUGAGGCCCCCGCCGAGCGCACUCCGAGCCCGAAGCCGCAGCCGCACGUAAAACUGUCGCUGCCCAAGACGCCGUUCCGCCCUCCUCUCCCAUGGUUCACUCAUCCCGAAGAUCCGUUUCCCUCCCGCUCCACCAGGAUCAAGAGGCGGCGGAGAGCAUUCGCAAACGAGGAGCAGACCCUGAGCCUGCCCUCCAAGGAUGAUAAUACGCUGGCGGCUACCCCGGCAGGGACUGUGACUGAGACAGUCGAGGAAUCUCAGACAAAGGUGUCACCUGCGAGCACUGCGACGCAGCCCCCGGCCCGCUCUGCUACCCCAUCGACCCAAGAACAGCCUUCCACAGCGUCGACAUCCCCGACCACCCCGACAUCCGUCAAAGCGGCUCCGUCGACCGCAUCCGCUAGCACCCCCACGGCGACCAAAUCGAUCAAGGUUCCAGCCCGUGCUGCCGUCCCGGCGAUUCCGAUCAUCCCUGCCCUACCCAAGGCAUCGCCAAAAGACACCAAGCAGCCCGCACCCAAGCCACAGUCUGAGCAGAAAGUGCCCGUUCCUGCUGACUCCGCGGCGCCCAAGAACGAGGCUGCGGAGGAGCCGAAGGUCGAGUCGACUCCCGCUCCUGCGCCUGCUCCCGCCGCCCCACUUCUCUGGACCGGUCUUUUCUCCAAGGCUGCCUCGUCGGCCGCAGCCGCUGCUGGCGCCUCGGCUUCUGCCCAGGCUGUGCCCAACGGAACGGCCGGCACUGAGUCGGCGACUGGGGCUCGUAGCACAGGUGUUUCUGGCUUUGCUCAGGCCAACCACAGCUCGCUGGCCGAGGCCCUACGGGCUUACCGGGUUGGCAACGGAGACAAGGUUGCGUUCCUUGAGCCAAGGGGGCUCAUCAACACGGGGAACAUGUGCUACAUGAAUUCUGUUCUUCAAGUUCUGAUUUUCUGCAUUCCAUUCUAUGAUUUCCUUGAGCAGGCUGGGAAAAAGGUUGCCCAUAGCUUCAACAGCGAGACGCCUCUUAUUGAUGCUAUGAUCGAAUUUCUGCGUGACUUUAAGAUCAUCGACUCGGCGGUCUCGGUCGAUCAGCUGCGGCGCAGACUGAAGAACGAGGAGCUUGAGCAGUACGGCGAACCCUUCAUCCCCGAAUUCGUCUACGAAGCAAUCAAGAAACUGCCACGCUUCUCCAGCAUGAGACGUGGCCACCAACAAGAUGCCGAGGAGUUCCUCGGGUUCCUUCUCGAGUCUCUUCACGACGAGUGCGCUCAUGUUCUUCGUGCAGUGCCUCCCUCAUCGAACGUCUCCACGGCGCCGAAUUCUUCGCUGCCGACCCCAACGGCGUCCGUUUCUUCUGCAAACCUGGAUAGUGGGGACGCCUCGAAUGUUUGGCUCGAGGUUGGCCCAAAGCAGCGGUCGGCCAUCACUCGCUCGAGCGGCCACUCUGACACCUCGUCGCCCAUCACCAAGAUCUUUGGCGGACAGCUCCGUUCCGAGCUCCGCGUCCCAGGCCUGAAGGAUUCUGUCACUCUCGAGCCUUACCAACCCCUGCAGCUUGACAUCGGCGCUCCACAAGUCCGCAACAUCGUGGACGCUUUGCGCCACCUGACCAACCCAGAGAGCCUCCGCGGAGACUUCGGCUCGCCCCGGGGCAAGGACGUCACGGCCACCAAGCAGGUUUUCAUCGAGUCGCUGCCGCCCGUCCUGAUUCUGCACCUGAAGCGCUUCCAGUUUGAUGCCGAAGGCAACGGCACGGUCAAGAUCUGGAAGAAGAUUGGCUAUCCGCUGGAGCUCGAGAUCCCUCGCGAGGUCGUGUCUCGCGCCAAGCGCAACAGUUCGACUGGCAUGCCCAAGUACAGACUGAUUGCUGCUGUUUACCACCAUGGCAAGAACGCCAGCGGUGGUCAUUACACUGUGGAUGUCCGACGCCAGGACGGGAGUGAGUGGGUCCGGCUCGAUGACACCGUCAUCCGCCGCAUCCGCGCAGAGGAUGUCGCCGAGGCUGGUGCUGAGGAAGAGCCGUCCAAGUUGUCUGAGUCUUCGGGCCGUAAGGAUGGUGGUUUUGCCACAUCGACGCCCGCCAACCGAUUCGCCGGCAUGGGUGACGAUGAGACGGGCGACGAGGACGGCUGGAACCAGGUGAGCACGCCGGCUAGCGGUGGCAAGAAGUGGAGCAGCAUUGUCAACGGAAACGCAGCCUCGGCGGCCACGGCCAAGGGCAGGCAAGCUAAGGACAAUGUGAAGGACAACAAGGUUGCGUACCUCUUGUUUUACCAGCGCGUGUAGGAUGACGUCGCUGGUAUGGACAUUGGGGCUAUGACAAACCUGUCUAACGGGCGCGGGCGGAGGAUCAGUCCCAUCCCGACUAUGGGAGAGCGCAAGGGAGGCUAGCCUGUGGCUCUCAUGUGCUGUUACUCGGGACGUCAGGCGUCUCGGUGAGAGGUGACGGGCGGGUUGUGGAUGAACGGCGGGUGUAUACCUUGGGCCGGCAUUUACGAGGGCCAUACUUACAGAAGAUUUUGAUCGAAUGUUGGGGGAGGCUUGAGUGCCUGCGGUCCCCGGGCUUAUCAGAAGAGCUCGAACUCACGGGUUCUCACGCUUUCUUUUUUGUUCGUUGUGUCAGCGCGGGCGGACUCGGGACAUGGGAAAACGGUUCUCUGGGGCGGCGGGUGGGAAAAGCCUCGAAAAAUAUCCCCUUGCUUUUUACUUUUUAUUUUUAUACCGCCUACACAUCCGUCUUCCUCUUCACCUAGCAACCUAUGUACCUACUAACGUAAUGUCGACCUUUCUGGGGAAGAAGAUAUGGGGUCAUUGGACCGGAGUACAGGAGACGGCUCGGUUGGGCAAUGGGGGGAUGGCGACUGCACAGCCGUUGCCGGGAACCAACCAGGGAGUUCUUCUUGGAGGCGAGGAAGAAGGAAAAAAAAACAGGUAGGAUGAGCUGGGGUUGAUGUAUCGGCGGGUGGAAGCCAGGCUCACCCUGGGUGAAGUCGGGUCCGCAUGCACGGAGGAUCUCGUCGGGCAGCCACGCGAGCAUCAAGAGGAAUCGUGGCCUUGCAAAACACAAAAGUCCAGCCAAUUCAAAUCACCAUCUAUACUCUCUUGGUUCCAGGUUCCCGACUGGACAAGUGCAUUCUUGCAACGACGGGUGACACCGUACGUCGUGUUCUGGAAUCCCCGGCCCAUAUCCCUGUUUUUUUCACACACAAAGAAUGCAGUCAGAUAUCAAGAGCAGCUGCUGACAGAAAUCAAAGGUUGUCUACUUUGAGACUGGAUACUAUUCACUGUCUUGGUACUAUAUACAUACGUCUUGCCCCAUUACAGCCCUGGGCACGCUACUCGUCUCUAAACAACCACCUGCCGUCCUUCCUCAUAGCUUCUCUGUACCUCUGUUCGAUUAUAAGGCGCUCAGUCCUCUCGCCCUCGGCCUUGUCCCUUGCUCGGUCCUGGGUGCUCGGGAAGUCCGUGUUCCAGUACUGUUCUGGGGUCGGGGGCCGUGGGAAUCGGUGUCGGCAUCGGCCAUAUUUGUUCGACAUUUCCCACGUCCUGGCGUCGAUCCAGACCGCUUCCCUCUCGGGGCGUGACAUCGACCCGAACCUGUAGCAGUCGUCGCCCAGGAAUUGCUCCAUCAGCUUCAUACUGUCGGCCUUGCUGACCAGGGAUGGCCCCGCACGUUUCAGUUCCGACUCCGCCAUACCCCUCCAGUCCUUCCCUCCGGGGCAGUUGCGGUCGGUGCAGCCAGCGAGGCUUGCCCUCUCGGCUUUUCCCCGGACUACAUCGUUGUAGGCGUGGAAGACACCGUCGGUCGCCUUGGGAUUGGGCCUGAAAUCAUCCAGCCUCAAAUCGUUCAAAGCGAUAUCGCGGAUAGGUCCCCGACCCCCGUUAGACCUCUCAGGCCGUCGUAGCCCCAGAGCUGGCCUUGAUGUGGCUGCUUCGCCCAUGAGCACUCCGGUUGGCGUCUGCGCCUGUUGUGGACGAGGUGCUUUAGGGGUGGUCAUAUCUGACAUAUCGGGCUUGGGGGCUCUGGUAGGGGGCAGCUGACGGCUUGUGCUGUUGUCAUGCUCUUGGUCGUGAUAUCCGCCUGCGCCUUCAUCAUCGUAGCGAGCCUGUUGCGGAGGAAUGAGUGGCUUUUGCCUUUUCCUGUUGGAUGACGGGGCGUCGAGGAGGUUGUCAAGAGGCUUGAACCCGAAAGGAACGCCUUGCGAGGGAGAAAAGCCAUCACUGUGGAUCUCGUCCGCGUCGUUUGCCACGGUACCGUCCUGAGCAGGCGGUAGUAGUCUGAGCUUCUUGGGUGUAGGCAUCUCGGGCCUGAAGCUCUCGUCAAGGUCUAUGCUCUCUUGGGGUGAGCGGUGGCCAACCUCACCCAUAACGGGAUCAGAACUAGUUUCCUCGGCCUUCAGUCUGCGGACAGGAGUCGAGCCAGCCAUGCCGUCUGGUAGCCUCCGUUUCUUAACAGAUCGCACCGAAACGAACACCGGGCCGUCCGACGAUGGCUCAUGCUUGACAACAGCAUGUUGUCGGGUUGUUGCGGCUGCACCGCGUUUGGGAUAAGGUGGCAGUUCGACGGGCUUAGCGCCGUCUGUCUCGUACUCUGUAGCGUUUUGUUCUGAGCUGUCAUCUCCCUUCUCAGGGGCUGGAGAUGGCUCAGACGGGGACUCGCCCGUCCGCAGACCACGUGUAGGUGAUCUUGGCUCGGAUGAUAUUCUGCCGGCGCCGGGGGGAGCGUCAAAUUUUGGUCGGCCUCGACAGAUGAUGACACCGCUCCCAGCCCUGGAACCCAUCUUUUCUUCGAGAUACACUGCGUACUCCAUCCACCCCCUCUCUCUCCUUUUCGCCUCACCCAGCAUUUCAACGAUUUGCGACAUCGUGCGGCCGGGAGUUGUGGACCUCUCUGCCCUCAACCUAUGGUGAGACUUUGAUUUCUCUAGCGGAUGGUGGCGUGGAGUCGUAGCAUUCGAGGACAUCUCCCCAAGCGGUUGGCGGGCAUCUCGGUGGCCGUCUGGCCGACCUCUUUUGGCUACGACAUCGGCCGCGUCGUUGGUUUGCGGGGCUGCUUGGGCGCAAGCAAGCUGCUCCUUCAAGCGAGUCUGCUCGCGCUGGAGGCUCUCGACUUGAGCCGUAAGCCUUUGGACCUCACGUUGCAGCGCGUCUUGCUGCUUGUCUCUGUUUUCCCUGUCUGUAUUUCGCAGCAGUAUCAGCACUCUGUGGGUAAACAGGUCCCUGGAGCUCUCGAAGAAGGGGGCCUUAGAGGGAGGGGCUUUACCGAUGGUGACAUCGCGAUCAAUCUGAUCAAGAGCGGCUGCCACAAUAUCCAAGACGGCCGCUCGAUCGAAAAUUCUGUCAGGAUCCCCGCCAGAGCCCAUCGCUUCUGGAGACUUUCCUGCCUUGGCCGGGAUGAUGAAAUGGCUGUGAUGCGGAUUUCAUUACAUUCUUGGGGCUGAGAGCUGCGUCGGGUCUAAACCCCUGCCAGUUCUAGCGCGUCAGAGCCCGCCCGUGCCUAACCGCGUUUCCUGGCACCCGCCGGGUGGGAUCCGCCAGGUCACAUGAUUUUUCUAUGGCUGAGUGCACGUGGCGAUGAGGAUGGCAAGGUGGAAGCUUAAAAAAUCCCCCCAUUUGGCCAAACGGCCUCCCACUUUAGCUGGGGUGUUUGUUUAAUUGCCUAUGCAACGCAUACGGAGGUGUGAGGGUUAAAUAAUCUACAGUGGGGAGGUCACUCGUGAAGCGAGGGCAGGGGCCAGGGGUAUGCACUAGUC